UUUGUUUUUAAAAUCUUAUGAAGCGGCAUAGAAAGAAAAAACAUACAAUAUGUUACAAUACUCGAAUUUUCGGCUUAAGAAUAAUAAAAGAACACUCCAGACCACGGCGGUGGUAUAAUUUUACGAUGAAAAAGUGGACAUCAAGCAAAUUAUUCAAAAUGUAUAAGAUAACUGAAGACGGGCUGAAUAAUUCAAAGAAGAAAAAAUCUAAGAAGAACAGUAAUAAUGGCGAAGUGGUUGCUCCUGGGCCAAAUGGAGUUUAUAGACAGAAAUCGUUUGGAGUCGAUGGUCGAUUAAAUGCCUUGUCUUCGUAUAUGAGAUCUGCAUGCUCAAUAAAUACGAAUUCGCUUUCUCCGGGGCUCAGUUGGUUUACUCGCAAAAUGGCGGUCAUCCCAGUUGGGGGUGAGCCAUGGCCCAGCGGUGAACAAAAUUAUGAAUUGCUUGAUGUCAUUGGUGUUGGCGCAACAGCUGUUGUGCAUGGAGCUAUAUGCAAACCAAAGAAUGAGAAAUGUGCUAUCAAAAGGAUAAAUUUGGAAAAAUGGAAUACUUCUAUGGACGAACUGCUGAAAGAGAUACAAGCAAUGUCCAACUGCAACCACGAGAAUGUAGUGACAUAUUAUACAAGUUUUGUGGUGAAAGAUGAGCUUUGGCUUAUUAUGAAGCUGCUAGAAGGUGGCAGUCUCCUAGAUGUCAUUAAACACAAAUUGAAGGUGACAAAUUGCAAACAUGGUGUUUUCGAUGAAGCAACCAUUGCAACAGUCCUUAGGGAAGUUUUGAAAGGGCUUGAGUACUUCCACAAUAAUGGACAGAUACACAGGGAUAUAAAGGCGGGUAACAUCUUGCUGGGUGACGAUGGGUCGGUGCAGAUAGGUGACUUUGGUGUGUCCGCUUGGCUCGCGAUGGACAAGGACAUGUCUAAGCAAAGAGUUAGACACACCUUUGUUGGGACACCGUGCUGGAUGGCACCUGAAGUCAUGGAACAAGAUCAUGGUUAUGACUACAAAGCGGAUAUCUGGUCUUUUGGGAUAACCGCUAUAGAAAUGGCAACCGGGGCCGCGCCCUAUCACAUGUAUCCGCCGAUGAAAGUGCUUAUGCUCACCUUGCAAAAUGAUCCGCCUAAUUUGGAUACUGGUGCUGAAAAAGAUCAGUACAAGGUCUAUGGGAAAACAUUCCGCAAGCUUAUAAGUGAUUGCUUGCAAAAGGAUCCAUUGAAGCGAGCAACUGCCACCGAGUUGUUGAAACACCCAUUUUUCAAGAAGGCCAAAGAUAAAAAAUAUCUCGCACAAACAUUAAUUGAUACCAGUGCUACUCUUGAAGCUAGAGUCCAUAAGGUAAAUAAAAAACAGGUGACACUUGGUCGUUUGAGCCGCACAUUAACUGGUGAUUGGGAGUGGAGUGAUGAUGAAUUGGAACAAGGGGAUGAGGCUUAUGUGAUUGUGGAGAGUGAGGGAAAGUUAGGCUCAGCAGGGGGAUCUUCCAUUGGAGAAGGUAUACCUGAUGAUGAGAAACCGAUGAACAAAAUCCAAAGAGUUGAUUCAAGUGGCAGUGAUCCUGAUGAAACAGCUGGCCCAUCUACCUCGGCUCUGAAUGAAGAGAAAUCAACACAUUCACAGGAACAGCCUGUUGUAAAUCUGAUGUUGCGUAUACGAAAUGCCCAUGGUGAGUUAAAUGACAUUCGCUUUAAUUUCGUUAAAGGCAAGGACACAUCUGAAGGUAUUGCCUUAGAGUUGGUGGGGGCUGGUCUGAUAGAGCCGCAGGAUGCUAUCCUCAUCACAUUGCACUUGGAGCAGCUGCUCGACGCCCAAGCUUCCACCGCACAGAUACCAUACAAAACUAUAACAUUCCAUCUUAAUUCCGCUGCACCGAACGCUGAUUUCGAUGAUAAUGCUCUCAACGGCUUUGCCCAAAUAUCCGUUCUCUAAGUACAGUGCGAUACAAACUUUAUAGUGGCUCGAUUCGCCAUAAACAUUGAAUGUUUUUAUACUUAUAUGUGCUUUACAAGUAUUAUUGGCCUAUUCUAUUUGUCCUAGAAAUGUUAUCCAAUGUUUAAUGGGAAUUUUAAUAUAAUGUGUAACUUGAUAAUUUUCUGAUACUGUCUCCUAACUAUAUUUCUAACUAAACUAUAUUCUCCGUCCCACAGAUAAAUCCGUUCAUGUUUUAAAAAAUUUUUCGAUUAUUUAAACACUAACAAAAUACCUAUGUUCCAAAUAAAAAGGAUUAAUUUCGUACUAGUUUGUCUCUUUAUAUGUGGUUUAGACAAUAUCUUAUAUUAAUGUCUUUAAUUGAAUUUAAAAAUAUAUUAAGUGGGAUCUUCUUUCUAUGUGAAUUAUAAGAUUUUCAAUUGUAAUAGUAUGAAUAUUCUGAUAUUUGAUGUUAGAAUUAUGCAUGUUAAUUUAUUGUUAAUAUAUGAUAUUGAUAUGCGUUUUGAUCAGCUUUUAAUGUAUAGAAAGUUGGUGAAAUUGUAUGGAUAAUAACCUUGAUUUAUAAAAGGUUUAUUGCAAAAUGUAUAAGUAAAGCAAGUAAUUGUAAAACUCAGAUUGAAGUUUUAAAAAGUGGAUCAUAGAUGGCGUUGAUCUAGUGUUUUCGACUUUGUUGAUUCCUUUUUAGUUUUUUUUAAUCAUACAAAUCUUUAAACAUUAUAAUCAUGUACAGAAAUAAAGAAAAACCUUGAAAUUAUAAGAAAUUCGAAGUUUUUGGAGAUAAGCCAGAUUGCGCUAUAAUUUAAUGUACUCAAGCUUCUGUAGAAUGUAUAAGUUUGAUUAUGUUUUUGUACAUGUUUCGGCAAUGAAAACCCAUAAUUACUGAUAUAACGUACUGAUGUAGAUUAUAUAUAAUGGUAUUAUGGUGCUAAAAGUGUAGGACGAUCUUAUAUUAAAUUAUCUUUUACCAUAUUUGGGUAGAAAUCUUAAUAUGAUAGUACUUACUAUGGAAGAUUUGGAAUGGCUUAUCGAAAUGUAUUGAAAAACCUUCAAAAUGCAACAAAAAUCCCUUUGAAAUUUACAUUUGUCAAAUCACGUAGUAAGUAUUGGAUUUUCUCAUAAGUAAUGUAAAAGCCUUUAGGCGUCUUAGAUAAAAAAUUGAUAACAGGGUGGAACAUAGAUUUUUACAUGGUCAAUUUGAAAAAUUUCAUUUUUAAAUUAUCUUAUAAAAUAUUGGGAACUACUUAUAUUAGGACUUUACACAUUUGGGCAUCCUUCAAGGAAAUAUACCAAAUAAAUAAACAAAAGGGAAGUAUUAAAUUGGAAGUGAAAAAAAAUCUCGAAAUCAAAUUUAAAAUUUCUCUGUGAUUUUUUUCUCUAAUAUAUGGAAUAUUUCCCAUUGUUCUUAUUUCGAAACAGUUCGAAAUUGUAUCUUUAGAUAUACGUAAAUAAUGUAUUUUUUUAGUCUCUAUACAAUAUUUAGUUUGAUUUUUUAAUUGCGUUGCGCACAUAUUUUCAGCACAAAACCAAAGAUUUUUUUGUUAUUGAUUU